AUGCCAACCAUAGCCUGGUUCCUCUUGUUCUUCACCAGCAUCAAUCAAUCAUUUUCAGCUAGAACCCUUGGUGAUCAUCCAUCCCCAACUCACCACCACCGCCGCGACCAUGUCCAUCAUCCAAUCACCUUCUACAUGCAAGAUGUGGUUAGGGAGUCUCACCCCUCCCUGAUACCAGCAGCAACAAAGGUCAAUAGUCUUCUUCCCUUCUCCAAACCACUAGGCCUCUUCCCUCCCUAUGGAGGCAUCCCUCUGACUGAUCCUAACCCUACUGUAUCCGCAUCCGGAUUUUCAACACAAACCCUUGAUUUGCAGGGAAUCAGUAUAUCUUUUCCUGCUAUCUCAACUCUUCAAGAAUUGGAGUUUGGGACAGUAACUGGAAUUGACUCGGAAUUGUUUGAGGGUUCUGUGUUUGGCUCGCGGUUACUAGGGAAAGCACAGGGGAUGUAUGUUGCAAGCUCAGAAGAUGGAAGUAGUCAUAUGAUGGCAAUGACAACAACUUAUGCUGAAAGUGAGUACAAGGAUGCCUUGAGAUUUUUUGGGGUGCACCGUGCAGAUGUUGCCGAGUCACAUGUUGCAGUCAUUGGUGGUACUGGGAAGUAUCAAAAUGCAAAUGGCUAUGCGACGAUUAGGACUGUGAAUGUGAGCUCUACUGCUGCUGGAAAAGAAAGUGAAGGAGCCAACAAGCUGCUUCAUUUCAAUGUUUAUCUUGGUUGA